AUUCUGAUCGUUGUCAAUUGUUUCUCUUGGCUUUGCUAGAUGUAGAGUCAGAUUGCCUGCAAAUAAAGAUUGUUUUUUCUUUUUUAUAAUAUAUUCCUAUAUUUUAUAUUCUUUUUAAAUUCUAGCAUUUUUAUUAUGAUCAGAAAGAAACCAAUAAGUUUAUUUUCAUUUUUUAAACCAAGAAAGAGGACAUAAAUAUUGUGUUGCAUUUUGGGAAGUCUACCAAAAAUGUGAAGCAAGAUCAUCUUGAUGAACUUAAGUGGAAAUAAUCUGUCCAACCAGCAAACCAACCAUCCGUCCAUCCAAAAAAUGUAUUUUGCUGCCUUUUUUAAUACCAUAGAUCCUUGUUGACACAAUAAGAAAGACACAGUCCCUGCCCUUGAGGACUUUGGAUAGAGAAAAGCAAAAGCAAACAGUUAUGAUAGUGUAUAAGGGAAAGCACGUGGUCUUCAUGGGAGCAUAUAAAGGGCACCUGAGCCAGCCUUAGGCAGUCAGGGCAGGCUGCUGGAGGAGGUGACGUCUAGAGGGAUUUCUGAAGGAAACACGUGAAUGGAAGAAAGACCACACUCUCAGUAAAUGCGUCAUGCCAUGCAGUUGCUUUCAAAUUCUUGAGUGUGAGCAUGUCGGUGUUUUCAGCAAUUGGCCAUUCCGAAAUCUUCAUGGGUCUCAAGUUUUUCCAUUUGCCUUUGCAGCUCAGGGGCCCCAUGGCACCCUGGGGAACCCAAACCUUGACACAAGUCUGCUGGAGGAGUUCCUGGGCAAUGAUCUCGAUCUGGGGGCCAUGCCACGCCAGCUCCCAGACUCCCCACCCUACUCCGCCUCAGACUCCUGCUCUCCUCCUCAGGUCAGAGGUGCGUGCGGCCCCACUCUGAGACCUGCAGCCGGGGCGACUCCAGCGUCUCUUCACCACUCCGAAGCUGCACCCGGGAUGCUGCCCGCACACCUGCCCCAGGGCUCGUCUGAAAUGAGCGACCCCGGCCGCAUCCACAGCAGCUUCCACACCUGUUACCCAGACGCCAGUCACCUCCCGACCCCCCUGGACCAGUCCGUGCCCUCCCAUCUGGGGAUGAGUUGUUCUUACCGUCAGCAGCCUCUGAGCUACAGCCCCAGAGCCUCCUUGCCACCAGCCAAGAAGAGAAAGUGCCCGCAGGUGCUGGAGGACCCCAGGGACGGCCGGGUGUGGGCCCAGCUCUCCAGACCACUGACAAGUAGGAGUUACAGCAGCAAAGCUCAAGACGGUGACAAUGAGGGGCAGAAGGUGAUGCCCGAGGACCAGUGCGCUCCUGCUCUGAAGUGGCAGCCGUACCGAAGUGUUCCUUGGCAUAGUUUAUUAAACAGUCGUUACGAGAAACUACCUGAUAUAGGCUAUCAAGUUGUCACAGACAAAGGAUUUAAUUUCUCACCAGCAGAUGAAGCUUUUGUUUGCCAAAAGAAGAACCAUUUUCAGCUAACCAUCCAUAUCCAAGUCUGGGGCAGUCCACAGUUUGUCAAAACCCAAAUGGGCCUAAAGCCAAUAGAAAUGUUUUACUUGAAAGCUUUUGGGGUUAAGGUAGAAGCCACCAAUCAAAUAAUCGCUAUUGAACAGUCCCAAGCAGACAGAAGCAAGAAGAUUUUCAAUCCUGUUAAAGUCGACCUGCUGGCUGACCAGGUCACCAAAGUAACACUGGGCCGGUUACACUUCAGCGAAACCACUGCAAAUAACAUGAGGAAGAAGGGAAAACCAAAUCCCGACCAGAGAUACUUCAUGUUGGUGGUCGGGCUGUAUGCUGCCAGCCAGGACCAGUCUUACGUGCUGUCUGCCCACAUCUCCGAGAGGAUCAUCGUGAGGGCCUCUAACCCUGGGCAGUUUGAAAAUGACAGUGAUGCAUUGUGGCAGCGAGGACAAGUUCCAGAAUCUGUUGUCUGUCAUGGUCGAGUGGGAAUAAACACAGAUGCGCCGGACGAAGCCCUGGUUGUCUGUGGCAACGUGAAAGUGAUGGGGACAGUUAUGCAUCCGUCUGACAGCCGGGCGAAGCAGAAUGUCCAGGAGGUUGACACAAAUGAACAGCUGAGGAGAAUAGCCCAAAUGAGGAUUGUUGAAUACGACUACAAACCUGAGUUUGCGUCUGCCAUGGGGAUAAACGCUGCGCAUCAAACAGGAAUGAUUGCCCAGGAGGUAAGAGAGAUCCUGCCUGCAGCCGUCAGAGAGGUUGGCGAUGUCACAUGUGAGAACGGAGAGACGCUGGAGCACUUCCUCAUGGUCGACAAGGACCAGAUCUUUAUGGAAAAUGUAGGUGCAGUGAAGCAGCUCUGCAAACUAACCAACAACCUUGAAGAAAGAAUAGAAGAGUUAGAAAUAUGGAACAGAAAGCUGGCCAGGCUGAAGCGGCUGAGCAGUUGGAAGUCCUCAGCCAGUGAGGCGAGCUCCAUCAGCAAAUUUAGCAGAGCUGUUAAUGCAUCUUCUCCAAGAAGGCCCAUUCCCCCCAAAAACAGCAAGGUUUAUUUUUCAGGAAAAAAACAGUCGUGUCCUAACUGGGUUUUCCAGACCUUGGUUAUAAGUCUCAUUGCUGUGAUGGCAUUUUGUGCGUUGACAAUAGUCACCCUUUACGUACUCAGCUUGAAAGCUCAAGAGCAACGUGUCCCGAAUCUCCCUCCGAGCAACGUCACGAGCUCCCAGGAGCCAGCCCUGCCGCCCACCGCCUCCCCCGCAGCCUGGAACACAUCCCUGGCCGCCACACAGUCCUCCUUUCUCGGGCCAGAAGUCACUUUUUGUGAGAUCCUGCCGUGUCAGGAGACUCAGUGCUGCCCCAUCGGGGGGAGGAGAGCCGCCCUCACCAGUCCUGUCCAAGGGCGGUCCGAGGAGAAGGAGCUGCACUGGGGGCCGUGGGCAGAAGACGGAAGCACGUCAUUCCUGGCGGGAGAUGCGCCGGCCAGCCCCGACUGGGGGAGUGAUUGGAUAGACACAACCAUCAGCUCUAUUCAGAUUAUGGAAAUCCAGCACGUAAUAGAUCGCCGCUACUGCCGUCGAGGCCGGCAGUGCAGGUCUGGAUCUUACAAUUACAGUAUUCCUGUUAAUAAGUACACACCCACCAAUGUCAAAUUUUCUUUGGAAAUCAACACAACAGAGCCGUUGAUAGUCUUCCAGUGCAAACUGACCCUUGGAAACAUAUGUUUCCAUAGUAAAAACGAAGCCAAAGGGAUGCAAAACCACGAAGGAGUCAUCCGGGAGAUGACACAGGGCUGUCGGCACAUCUGGAGCCUCCCAGUGGCCCCCUUCUUUGAUAGCGCGUUCCAUUUCCGAGUGGCUGCACCGGAUCUGGCUGACUGUUCCACGGACCCUUACUUUGCUGGGAUCUUCUUCACAGAUUACUUCUUCUACUUCUAUCGACACUGUGUCUAGCUUAUUCAAGUUUGGUUGGGGACUUUUCCAAAGAAAAAUACUCAGAAAUUUGGUUAACGGAAACUUCCAUCCUCUUGCCCCUCCGCGCUUCUCUGUAAACCUGGCUGUGUGUUGCCCAAGGACUUUAUCAGGGUUCGGCCUCCAGCAAUUUUGAGACAUUAACGAGGAGAAUAAAGUGCUUGCUGGAACCUGAGAUAAUGUGGCGUGUGAUCUGUGGCGAGUGUGAAGAAGACAGUCCCUGGAGUAAGACAGUGCUGUGGGGUGUGAAAAUACUGAUUCUGGUGCUAAGGAAGCUGUGGGGUCAAAACAGGCAGGCCUAACUUUGCUUUGUCGUGAUGCUUUCAAAUCUUUUGAGAAAACCAAAAAGGCCCAUUUUAGGCCCAUCGACUUGGACCCGCUAAGCACAGAUCUGGAGAAUGUGUGAUACGGUGUGUGUUGGGCAGGGCCGGGGGUGUCCGAUGCUGAGCUCACGUUUAGGCAAACCAUUGCCGUGUGUGUGUGUGCACGUGUGUGCACUAUGUACACUGCAGUGCAGGACGCAGCUCACUAAUGAGCUGAAUUUAAGAGAAAUAGUUGCAAUUCUGCUUUGUAAUGCUUGCUGCACGCUGAACUUUCUGUGCAGCGGGGCGUGUCUCUGGUGACGCUCCGGCUCACCACGGUCUGUUCCGGUAGCUCAGACAGCCGUGGCCCAGAUCACCGCGUUUGGCCUUCCAGUCGUCGUUGCUUUUUUUUAUUUGUUUCUGAUUUUCGUACAUGUGAGAGUUCUCUUUCACGGCAUUAAGGCCCCUCUCCAUUGUUUACAGCUGAAUUCGCUUUGGAUCCUUCUACUGGCUUAUGGGUAAAUCUGUAUGAAUGGCCCGCAGUCCUCUCGCUGGAGUGAGUCAACCACAUCUUUUAUCUUCCCUAUUCUGGUGGUUUGGCAUCUUGGGGUCCUGCUGACCCUGGCGGGACUCCACCUCCCAGGGUUGGCCAACUCCUAGAGAGCGCAAACUGUCUGCCCGGGAGCGCUUUUCAAAUACAAACCGACCACUCGAGAGCCCACACCCCACCACCGUCUUUGUGGGGCUGUCCUGCCCCAGCUGCCCUCCUCACCCAGGGCCAGGCACCAGACAUUAGGGAUGGCUCCACCUCCCAGAGCCUGCGAGAUUCUCCGGACGCGCUAAUCCUACGCCUGUUGACCCUGCCUCCCCCAUUCCUUCCUAUGGGACCCGCAAUGGGGCCUCCGGCCAUGGUUCUCCGUCUGCCCCCUCCUCCUGACCCGCCCUGGGGCUUCCCAGCCUGGCCCCUGGAGCCCUGGCAUGUCCCCUUCUCUCGGGAACUGUGACAAACCAUCUUUUCAAUGGCCACCGUUUCCUGAUCUGUUGGCCUUCCUACGCCUCAGACUUUCUGUCACUACGCUACAGUUUAGAGCAUGGACAUCCGAGACACUCCAGCUCUGCUUCUCGGUCACAGGGCUGCUGGUGGCUGUCCCUUCCCUUCUGUUGGUCUGUGAGUCAAUCAGGGUGAGACAAUUGGCUUCUUUUUACCUUGGCAGCGAUAAUCAGCAGAAAUAAUACAUCCCCACAUCCUUAUUUUCAAAUAUUAUUAGACAUGUAUCAUGUGAAUGGAAAUCAACUGUGAGACCCCAACUAUUAUGAAAAGAAAAGACAUGGUCCUCGCUCACAGAGGGCAUUUUGAAAUACGGUCUGUGUCACACGACGACAGGGACACAUCGUGAGAAAUGCACCGUCAGGUGAUUUUGUCACUGUGCGAACAUCAUAGUUACUGACACAAACCUGGAUGGUACAGCCCACUACACACCCAGGCUACACGGUACUAAUCUGAGGGCACCACCGUCAUACAUGCCAUCUGUGGCUGACUGAAGCAUCUUCUGCAGCACGUGACUGUAAACUUUUCGACACAAAGGUAGUUUAAGCCAGUGGGAGCUGAGACUUUGGAGCCAAACAUCCUUGCCUUGAGUUCAAAUCCUGAUCCUCCCUGUGUCUCCUUUGGUAAGUUACUUAAGUUCUCUGAGCCUCAAUUUCCUCAUUUAUACUGGAGGAUGGUGAGUAUCUGCAACAGAGAGGAUUAAAUGAGAUAAGUGUGUAGCCAGAUGGGCUCUAAAUAGACAGGAGCUAUUGUGAUAGCUGCACAGAGCAGACUCAUUCUAAAGACUGCAGUGGGCUCGUGAAGUACUGUGUGACUGAACACACACCCCGGGGAGUUUUCAUCAGCUGCAA